GUUCUGUAUUAGACGAAAGUCGACCCAACGUUUGAAAUCAUGAUCACUGUCAUUAAGAUCUUGGAAGCAGUCGGGAUGAAAGAAGGAGGCGAGUGACUUUAUUUACAUUGUAAAUUCAGAUUUCCGUGAACAAUGAGUAAGAUAUUGAAGCGGCUAAGUGUCCUUGAGUUUCCGGAGUCAUCUCGUAUAGCACUCCAGUACCUGACAUCAUGCUUCACAUCCUCAUCAGGAGGGGCUAUUCCUGGACUGGGAGGGGGAGCCGAGAACUUUGCAGUGGAAGUCAGCCAGGAUUAUGUAUUAUUCAAGUCAGCAACUGGCAGAACAAGAGGGCCACAAAAGAAACUGAAUGCCAUUCAGGAGCUCCAACUACUUGAGAUGGUGUGCAGUUGCCUGCAAGGGGCACCACAGAGCUCUAGGUUCAGUAUCUUCAGUGUGAUCUUUGGUGGAAGUAUUGAGGUGGCAAAAACCACUCUCCUCACAAAAUUGGUAUCAAUGGCCCUCUCUAUUGGAAGUGGAGCAGUACUUGACUGUGCUGCUCUUUGGAUGCAGGAGCAGGGUUGUCAUAGCAGCACUGUGUGUGACCUGGUACAGCGACUGGUGGAGGAUUACUGCCUGCUGUUCCCAGAGAUAAGCAACACCUUCCAAACACUGCCCAGUGUCUCACCUCUCUUCACCUGUAACUUCAUCACAGCUGUUGCCACCAUAUAUCCAUUUCAUGAAAUAUCUCGGGCACCCCCCGCCAUCCUGUUGGACUACAUCACAAGCUGGGUGUCUGGUGAUCCAUGUCUGUGUUCGGAGUCUGUCCGACUUGUUCGCAUUCAGGCCAGUUUCUCAUGCCCAUUCUUUGGACUAGUGCAGUGGUGCACUUUAGGACAAAUUCUAUGCACAACGCAAUGUGAACCAGAUUUGCAAUCAAAUAACAAACUACACAGUGAUAAGACAAAGACAUUCUCGUUGCUUUCCAAGCUACAUUUCAGCAUCUUACAGAGCUUUCAAGCUUACAAGAGCAUGGAACUUAACCAGGAACUUUUCCACAUGUCACAUUUCCUGUCCAUAGCCAGGGAGCUUGUCCGACUUUACCAGCUCAAUAAAGACAAGAUACAGGAGGAGGAAUUUCAAACCUUAGUCGAUCGACUGGGACAGAUAAUCCAGGUUGCUAUAGUGACCGGUGGAUUGAAACUAUCGAGUGGUAAAGAAAUCCUUACACUGUGUGAAAUCUUACCCCAGAACAGAUUACUGCAGAUCAUAGCCAGACCAUGGACCACUCAACCGAUGGACACAUCAUGAUUACUACCACACAUAAACUGCCUUUGUACAUAUUUAUUUCUAUAUUUCUGUGCAUAAUAAAUAAAUUUUGAUAAAA